UUUGCUGUGUCACUUGACGCUUACGUACGUUCUCCAGGACAUCCAUAUGAACAAAUCCAUGAGCAGUGAAAGAGAAAAGAGGUUCCGAACUGUUGUGACUUGUUGACACUACUUUAAUGUUCACAGCGUAAAGGAAAAGGAAGUGGUUCUAGCAGGUUGUAAUGUCAAUAAUGGCUCCUGCUGCUCAUAGAAAGCUGACCGGUCUUGUUGCUGCGACAUUUACUCCACUCACCAAUCAAGGUGAAAUCAACCUAUCUGUGAUUGGACCUUAUAUUGACUACUUGACAGAGACGCAAGGUGUAAAAAGCGUAUUUGUGAAUGGCACCACCGGAGAAGGAAUGUCUCUCAGUGUCGAGGAGAGGAAGGUUCUGGCAGAGGACUGGUGUCUUAAAGGAAAGGGCAAACUGGACCAGGUGAUCGUGCAUGUUGGCUGCACGAGUCUAAAAGAUGCCCAAGAACUGGCUCGUCAUGCAGCGCAAAUCGGAGUAGAUGGGAUAUCAGUCAUCGCCCCCUCCUUCUUUAAGCCCCAAAAUGCAGCUGAACUGCGGUCGUUCCUACAGGAAGUGGCUGCAGCAGCUCCAAAUGUGCCCUUCUAUUAUUAUCAUCUUCCAGCUUUUACAGGAGUUAACGUGACAGCAAGAGAUGUGCUGGAGGGGAUUGAGACUUUUAUUCCUUCCUACAGAGGGGUGAAGUUCACCGGGUUUGACCUCACCGACAUGGGCCAGUGUGUGAGCUGCUCUCGCCCUGACUGGGUAGUCCUGUACGGCAUGGACGAGCAACUACUGGCAGGUCUGGUUUUGGGAGUCGAUGGUGCAGUUGGCAGCACAUACAACUAUGUCGGACGUCACAUGAAUGAGCUAAUAACCGCUUUUGAGAAUAACAACCUUAUCCAAGCUCGGAAAAUACAGUUCAAGUUGCAGGAGCUGAUCACUUUUGCUACAAAACUUGGUUUUAAUGUGGGAGUGAAUAAACGGCUGAUGGCCGAGCUGUCAGGCUUGCAUUUGGGACCCCCUCGACUCCCACUGACGCCAUGCGCUGCAGUUCUCGCUGAGAACCUCACAGAGAAAUUUCACAGCCUUUUUCCAAGUGAACAGUAGUAUGUUCUCAUAUUGGAAUGAAUCCUAUAAAUCCUCUGUUACUAAAAGAGACACUAACAAAUCCGAAAUUUCCAAUCUGACUUUGAUACUUCGCACCGCUUAUUAACCGUAGACGAGACAGGAAUAAAAUGUGUCAGUUAAAUAUAUACAAGCUAAACAUGUACAAGUUGCCUUUUGCAACUUACAGAACAUAUCGCUGCAAAUUUAAUACAAAUCACUGAUUUAUUAUAUUCUGACAAUAAAUAAUUAAGUAGCAAAGGAUAUCAAAAUCCCAUUACAUAGGAAUUACAAUAGUAAAAAGGCUAUGGCCAUUGCAAAAUAACGUUUUCAAGACUUGAGUUUUUGGCCUUGAGAAUUCUGGUAUGUAAAUGACCAUACUGAAAACAUUCCUGCUGUUUCAUGAAUUGUGAGCAUUAACUAAACUCUACUGGACUAUGUACUAUUAUUAUGUACUUUGUUAAGUGUAGGGAAUUGGAGUUUGUCACAAAUAUUCAGUAUUGGUUUUUUUUCCGUUUACUAUUCUCAUAUACUGUACUGCAUCUGGAUUUCAUUUGAGGCGUACAGACACUGUUAGUUAUGUAACAGUUCAUCUGCAAGUGAUCACACUGUAAUCAUUGUAAAGCUUUAUAGUCGUUUUGUUUCAUUGCUUUUUACCUCAUGCUUUAGUGGCAUUGCCUAAUUGAUGUUUGUUUUGUCAACCUAACCUGAAUGUCCCAGGUAGAAAAAGCCUCAAUCACAUACCAUAAGACACAAAGGACAAAGAUGAGGAAGAUUUGUGUAUUUGCUCCAGAAGGACUUUGGUGUUUGGAAAGGCACAUUCAAUCUAACACUUAAAUACGUUAACUGUAACCAUGGUUGAGUUAUGAUAGUGAAGUUGUUUUUUAAAUCUAUGCCUUCUAAAUGGUAUAAAAAGGGAAAUGUACAAUGAAAGAAGUGACAAAUCUUUCUUUUGUAAUGUUGUUUUAAAAAAAAUCAUUGUUAUCCCAAUGAACAUGCUGAUCUGGUGCUAA